AUGUCGAAAAGCAAUUCAACAAAAGUGGCAUUAGUUUGUUUGAAAACAUCUCAAAACAUUACAAAUCAAUCAUUACUUCAAGUUUUUGGGAAGCAUGGUAAAAUCACAAAGGUAAGAUAAAGUUUGAAUUAACAUAGAUUUUGAUCUUCGAGUAAGGUCCAAUGCAGACAAAGGUUUUUAUUGAAUAUGAAGACCCUGAAUAAGCCUAGGAUGCUAUCAAGUAGGGAUUUUAAGUUGAUUUAGCUGUUUAAACAAUACUAAAGUGAUGAAUAAUAUCAUUUGCAAUGUUUAUCCUUCUAGGCUUAGAGAACUGAAAUUAGAUAAUGUGCCAAAUACAAAAGGAAUGGAUUUAACUUAGAAGUUACCUUUCAGUAUGCCAUCAUUAUGGGACUUGAAUGUGAAUGAAGAUGAGUCUGCAUAACAAGUAUCAGAAGAGAAACUUGUUGAUAUUAGAAUGAAGCUGAGUAUGAUCGAUGAAGAGAUAAGCCGUACUAUAGAGAGCAAAUUAGACAAUGCUUUAAUUAAGCUAUAUCAACAGACAAAAUGUCUAAGAGUUCUAAUGGGAGACUAUCAACUAGAGGAGAUCUUGCACAAAACUAGCAAAUAUGGAAAAAUAGUACACCUCCUGCCACUCCAUAAUUUAGGUUUACCUGAAGCAGGCAUAAUAGGAAGUGUACGUGAAGUAUGACUCAGAUAAAGAGUGUUAAUAAGCUUAUGAGGAGCUCAAAGACCAGAUGAUUGUGCAGAUCAAGUACAAUUUCGAGAGCAUCCCUGGCUACGUGAUGGUGAACUCAAAUUGCUGAAACAUCCUCUCUCAAUUUAUAAUUUAUUUAAUUUAAUGUGGCUGCAUCCUGAAACUAUGAUCAAACUUGGUAACGAAUUCUUUCAAAAGAAGGAAUUUGACUAAGCCAUCAAUUGGUAUCAAUAGUCUAUAAAUAAAAAUACACAAUUUGUGGAAGGAUACUACAAUUUAGGGUUGGUAUAUAUGUACCGUAAGAAAUUUGAUGAUGCCAUUAAUUACUUCAAACAAUCCUUAGAUUUAAGGCCAAGCUUUCCUGAAGCCUUGUGUAGUAUGGGAAUUGCAUUGUAUAACCUCAAUUAAGUAAUUGUGUCUAAUCAUAGUUUAUUAGUAUGAAAAAGCUUUGAACUAUUUGGAUCAAGCUCUUAAACAUCGUCAAUCCUAUCCAAAUCCUUUGAAGUACAAAGGAGAUACUAUUAGGAAGAUGGGAAAUUUAUAAGAAGCAGUCAAUUAAUAUAAAUAAGCAAUAUAGUUGAAGGUAACUGUUUUCCUUAAUAUUCCUUUUAGCCUGACUUUUAUCAAGCUCAUAAAGCAUUGGGAGAUACUUAUAGAAAAUUAAAAGAAUACAAAUUAUCUAUCUAAUCCUAUGAUAAUGCAUUAGAAUAUAAUUAAAAAUAUGCUGAAGUCUUCAAAAAGAAAGCAGAUUCUUUAAGAAAUCUUGGGAUUUUUGAAGAAUCAUUACAAAAUUAUACAAAAGCAAUAGAGAUAAGGCCAAGCUAUCCAAAGGCUUAUAAUGAUGCAGGGUUGCUAUUUAUUUAGAAUACUAAGUACAAAGAAGGAGUUGAGUAUUUUUAGAAGGCAGUUUAAUUGAAACAAGAUUAUAAGGAUGCCUAUAAUAAUUUGGGUGUUUGUUAUUAUCAUCUCUUACAAUAUUAAGAAGCUAUCACUUAAUUUGAUACAGCUCUUCAAAUAUAAGUAGGUUUUUCGAUUCCAAUGUUAAACAAGGCAUCAACAUUAUUGAGAAUGAAGAAGUAUGAUGAAGCAAAUAAAUGUUUUGAUUAGGUGAUGAAACAUUAACCAAAGAAUGUUUAGGUCUUAUUGGGUAAAGGAAUCUCUUUAUAUGAGACAAAGAAAUAUGAGCAAGCAGCUCUAUUAUUGAGUUAAGCUUAUGAUAUUGAUAGUAAUAAUUUUGAAGUAGUCUUCAAUUAUGGGGUCUGUAAUUUCUAAUUAAAGAAAUAUAAAGAAGCUUUGUAAUUAUUAUAAGAGGCUUAAUAAUUAAGAGAUACUUUGGAGGGUCACUUUAAUUAAGCAAUUUGUUCAUUAUAUUUAAAAGACUAUGAAUAUUCUAAAAAGGAAAUUGAGAUGUAUGUUGUUCAUUAGGAAGAUGAUAUGGAGGCUAAAUCAGUCUAGGGAAUAGUUGAAUAUUAUCUUAAUAAUCUUAGUUUUGCUUAGGAAUGUUUCUAAGAGGUUUUGAAGAGAUAAGAGAAUUAAGUUGUUCAUAAUAAUCUUGGAGUCAUUUUGUUACUCAAUUAAUAAUUUGAUGAGGCAUUGAAACAUUUUAAUGCAUCUGUAUCAGGUAAAGGAGAUUAUGCUGAUGGUUUAUAUAACAAAGGAGUUGCAUUGUGUAAUCUAAAUUAGUAUGAGGAUGCCAUCAGAUAAUUUAAUAAAGCAAUUUAACUUAAACCAAAAAAUGAGUGCAAAUUCGCAUUUAUCAAUAGGGGAAUAUGUUUAAAAAAUCUUAAGAAAUUCAAUGAAGCCAUAUAAAAUUAUGAUGAGGCCAUUCAACUUAGUUAAGGUACUGAUGUAGAAGAUAUCUAUUACUUUAAAGGUAAUUGUCUAUUGGAAUUAAAUAAAUAUGAAGAUGCUAUUUAAUUAUAUGAUUAAGCAAUUUAACUUGAGAGUGUUUACAGUUCAUCAGCUAAUUUCUAAAAGGGUAUAGCAUACACAAAUCUCAAACAUUUUGAUGAUGCCAUUCAAUCCUAUUAACAUGCAAUUGAAUAAAAUUCUUAGAAUUCUUGGGCAUAUUUCAAUUUAGGAAUUACUUAUUACAAUUUAGAAAAUUAUGAAUAAGCUUUAGUACAAUUUACAAGAUCUUUUGAUAUAUAACCAACUUUUAAGGAUGCUGUAUUUAAUGAGGCUGCUGCUUAUAUAAAAUUAAAAAGAUAUGCUGAAGCUAUUAAUAGUUUAGACAAAUAUAAUCAAUUAGAAAGCAAUGAUUAUGAAAGUUUCUUUUUAAAAGGUUGUUUAUUAAAAUAAUUGAUGAAGUAUGAAGAAGCUUUAGAAUGCUUUUCAAAAGCUGUUCAAUAAAAACCAAAUUUCUUUGAAGGUUAAUUUAACAAAGGAGUUGCUCAACUUGAGAGUGGAUUGUCCAAAGAAGCUGUAAUUACAUUUGAUGCUGCAUUCAAAUUAAAGUCUGACUCAGAGAAAUCUCUUAAUAAUAAGGCUGUUUCCUUACUUAAUCUAAGCAAACCUGAAGAAGCUAUUAAAGAAUUAGAGAAGGCUAUUAAAUUAAGUCCUAAUAAUCCUACUUUGUUAAAUAAUAAAGCAGUUACUUUAAUUGAUCUAAAGAGACAGGAUGAAGCAUUGACUAUACUAGAUGAAGUUAUUAAUAUUGAUCCAACAUUCUUCAAGGCAUAUAAUAACAAAGGAACAAUAUAUUUCAAUCAAAAGAACUUAGCCUAAGCCUAACAAUACUUUUCAAAGGCAGUUGAGAUCAAUCAAGAAUAUGAUUCUGCAAGAAUUAAUUUGAGUAUUACAUUUUAGGAAAUGGGUGAAUAUCAAUUGGCUGUUUAAUAAUGUGAAUUGAUUUCUAAUUAAUAAUGGUUAAAUAGUAAUUCUGAAGCAUUGAUAGCUUUUGCUACUGCUUUGAGAAAUUGUGAUCGUUUUGAAGAGGCUAAAUAAAAAUAUGAAUUAUCAUUACAAUUGAAUCCUCGUCAUUCAUAAGCAUAAAAUGGAUUGGGAAUAGUAUAUUCAAAUAUUGGUUAAUAUGAAGAUGCUCUUAAAUGCUAUGAUUAAGCUAUCAAUUUAAAUAAUAGAUAUCCAGAAGCAUUAAAUAAUAAAGGAGUCACACUUUAUCUUAUGGGAAGAUAUGAUGAAUCAGUUUAAAUGUUAUAAUAAUCUUUAAAAUUGGAAGUCAAAAAUGCAUAAACUUUAAAUAAUUUAGGUGCCUCAUUAUUUUAUUUAAAAAGAUAUGAUGAAGCCAAUAAGAUAUUUGAUUAAGCUAUUCAAUAGAAUGAUCAAUUAAUGGAAGCAUUAGUUAAUAAGGCUAAUGUACUAAUUGCAUAAGAAAAUUUAACAGAAGCCAACAAAUUAUUACAAAAGGCUAGUCAAAUAAAAGACUCUCCUUAUAUUCAUAAUGCUUAUGGAAUUAUUGCUUAAAAGUAGAAGUAAACAGAUAAAGCUAUUUCCUCUUAUUAAAUGGCUCUUCAAAUGUUACCAACUUUCCCUUAAUGUUUAUCAAAUCAAGCUACACUUCUUAUUGAAACUGAGAAAUAUUCAUAAGCAUUAGAUUUACUUAAAUAAGCUUUAAAGACUGAUUAAAAUAAUGCUGAAGCUCAUAAUAAUUUAGGUGUAUUGUAUUACAAAUAGAAUAAACUUGAAUUAUCAUAAAAUGAAUAUAUGGAAGCUAUUAAAUUGAAAGUUCAUAAUCCUGAAGCUCAUUCAAAUUAGGGAGUGAUUUUCUGUGCCAAAUAAGAUUACUCAUAAGCAUUAUAAUGUUUUGAUGAAGCUAUAAAAUUGAAGAGUGAUUUUGUGAAAGCUUAUCAUAAUAAGGGAACAACUUUGUAUGAGAAAGAGAACUUUAAAGAGGCUGUUGAGAUUUAUGAUAAAGCUAUUAAGGGUAAGACUUAAGAUCCAGAGACUUAUUAUAAUAAAAGUAUAGCUUUGUAAGGUUUAGAGUAGUUUGAUGAUGCUUUAAAUGCUUUAGAAUAAGCUUAUAAAUUAGCUCCUGAAAUGGCAUUAUUAUAUGUUGAGAAAGUACUUUUUUCUAUUUAUUUUAGGGAACUCUGAUGUAUAGGAAAGGUAAGGUUGAUGAAGCAAUUAAAAACUAUGAUAUGGCUAUUCAAUUACAACCUAAUUGUGCUGAGGCUUACUACAAUAAAGGAUGUGCUUUGGAAAAUCAAGGGAAGAUUGAUGAGUCAAACAAAAAUUAUGAAAAGGCUUUUCAAAUUAAACCAACUUUAGUAGAAAAAAAGAAAUGA